AUGGCGAGCAAGCCCACUAUUCGGCAGGUCUUGGAAGACCUUGAGACUUCUGCCUUUGAAGAUGCCGGCUACGAGAGCGAGUCUUUCGACGUAGAACAAGAGGAAACUGCUCUGAGCUCCAUCAAAAAGAGCCUCACCAUCUGCUUUCCCAUUCGAUCCAACUACAGCCCGAGCUGGAAUACCUCAGCAGCCUUCCGCGAGCUUGUGCAGAAUUGGAGAGACGGUAUCAUCCAGUCAUUCAAAUUGAAAGAGACCCAGUUCUAUGUUGCUAAAGAGGACAAGUCGACCGAUCUGAAAGCAGAAAUACUCUUCAAGGCACUAAAUAAAGCACCUGGAGUCUCUGACCAUGAUUCCUGCAUGGGUUUCAUCAGGUUUUCCGGGCGACAUGGCACCGGGAUCGUCGAGAUCACCAAUCGGGCCGCGUCCCUGCAGCCAAAACACUUGGAUUUCGGACAAAGUGACAAGAGGGGGAACGAAAAUCAAGCCGGUGUCCAUGGGGAGGGCCUGAAAGUCGCUCUAUUGGUUUUCCUACGCCGAAACCAUCGCGUCCGUUGCAUCAGCGGCAACGUCAUGUGGAACUUCAACUUCACUACCGCUGGCAAGCUCGUCGCGAGGCUCAAUAAAAUGCAGCAAGAAGCCGUCAUCAGAGAGAAGCGCUCUGCAAAGAAACUCAAGGAUGACCAUGCUGUUCCUUUUCAAGUGUCUCCCUAUCAUGACGUGAGAUUCUUCAUUGGCGAAAAGGGCAAGGGUAGAGAUGGGAUUGGUGAAUCAACACAACGGCAGCACGUUUCGUUGGAGACUUUCAACACGUGGUGCCGCUCAGCCUUGUUCUUGCGUGACCUUCCCAACCAGGAGGAAACGCUCAUCACAACGAAGCACGGCGAGCUUAUCCUUGAUGUUUCAGUCCAGGGAAACCUCUACCUAAAAGGCCUCUUGCUCAUGGAGUCCAACCCUGAUUACUCCGCAAGCAUAUCAGGACGGCCGCUCAAGUACGCAUACAAUUUUCGGCAUGGCGCAACCAACCGAGACAGAAAAUCUAUCGCAAGCUCAAAUACAGAAUGCUGGACGAUUCUCAACAUCUGGAAUGACGCGUUGCAACAGAAACCAGACCUCAUUGCGGCCCUACAUGAGAUGCUUCUCUCCACAGAUCCUGGAUAUGCGGAUGUGCACUUGGCUGAGUCGCUCAUGGGAAUUGAGUUGGCAAAGAAAUUGAGAGACCAUCUCUUUUCUGAUCAGUCUAAAUGGUACUAUUCCGAUAAAGAGAUUUCCGAGGAUCCUCGCCUCAAAACGAUCAUACAGGGAUUGGGCCGUACGGGAUCCAGGCUUCCUGAUUCCUACUGGUCGAUUUUAUCCAGAUUGCAUCUCAUCCACACUGCGAAGGAAGAGCAGGAGGACCAGUUUUUGAAGUCAAGAAUCGCAAUGGUGCCAGCGGACAAGUUUGCCGAGAGUCUCAGCAAGGUUCUCCGCUCAUGUAUACAAGGGAUACCUGCCGCAGCCCAUAUCAACGUCGAGUUUGUCCAGGCGGGUCAACUCCGCCUCCACACUUAUUUCAAAGAUGUCACUUUCAAAAUUCACCAGAGAUGGCUCGAUAAUGACCAGGUAGUGAGAGAGCUCGGGCUACCCAGCGACGUCCCGGAAAGCGACGUGCUCUUCCAUGCCAUCCAAUGGCUGGUCAGAGAGCUUAUUGACCAGAUGCCCGAAGGCCAAUUCGCUGGAACCGAAGACCACACCGUAGAAUGGGACAAGAAAAGGGUCACCAACUGUGCUGUUCAGAGGCUGUUUGAAUACAUCAACAUCAACAAUAGUGUCACGCUACAUCAGACUCCGUCGGAGGACGCGAGCAAGCUCAUUCUGGAAUGGAAUCGCUUCUCGUCAUGGUGCCAAGAAGCAGUGGUCAAUGUACAGCUGCAUCAUAAGGCCAGUUGCCAGGAAAUUCAUGAUCGCCUUCUCUCCAAAGAAUUUGAUCCAGAGAAAUUGCCUUGUAAAAAACUACAAGAGGAGCCAGCAGAAGACGUCAAGCCAACGGCUUGCUUUUCGAUGAAUGUCCAGCCGGGACUUGGCUCUUACUCCUUCGAGAAUCUGACCCGGGGCUCAGAGUACUUUGGUGUUAUCGUCAAGCAAAGCGAACCAGACUCCAUUGCCUUAAUAUCAGAAAUGUGCAAGCUCCCCCGCCUGCCUGCAGAAGUAAUCGAUCUCACUAUGGAUGAGGUUCCAGCACCUACACAAUCCGAGAUUACUCUUCAUUUGCCGGUAAACCAGUCCCAGAGCGACGAAGACCAAGUGUCUCUCGCCUCCAUCGACGACGUGCGAAGUGGCUCAGAGUACGACGACGAGGAAGAAGAGGCACCAUCAUUCUGCGCUGUAAGACCGAUCGAGAAUCUGGACAUUCUUCAGCCUCGUGAUUGGUACGAGGCACGAUCACACAAUGUGGAGGGUGCCGUUAUAGGGAUCCUCAAGCCUAAAUCGACAAGAGGCCGCAAACGACAACGCGAACAACACGAGGCUCUCCCACGGCCCAAGCGAGUUGCUAAGUCUACGCGCAUCGGGCGACUCAGAGAUAUCUCACGCGACUCUGCGGACCCGCCCUCUCUCAGCUCCAUGUCCAGCUGA